CCAGGCGAAAGGGUGCUUGGCAGGCCCGCAUCCAAGGCCGCCCACGGAUCAGCUUACCGACUGUGCCCUCGCUCAAUUCAUAUCCAUAUCCAUAUCUAGAUCCAUACCGCUCCUGCUGGUUCGGCCUUUCGCCUCCACCCUCCAUCCCCCCCCGUGCGCCUGCUCCGGAUCGCAGAACCCUGGCCAGUAUGGAGAGCCCCAAGAAGCGACACCGGACCCACGGCAACGGCAUUCGCGACGGCCUCGGCAACGACGACGAUGCCGUCGGGCCGCAAUUCCUCGACGACAUCUGCACGCAGGACCAUGCAGACUCCCUGAUGCGACUCUCGACAAGCCUAUCCAAGCCGGAGCGACUGGAGGUCCUGCGCGGAGCAGCGCUGGCCCAGGUUCACAAUAGCCUGAGCUGUGUGCAGAACCUGAUUCUGCAUGCCCACUACAUCCUCAACAUCAUCCACGACCCGCCAGACCCGCAGUUUGUUGCAGAUGCCGUGGCCCUCAUCCACAUCCUCGAAGCCAUCGAAUAUCAGCGCCGGUCCGCACAGCUGCCCAAGAGGGCCAAGAAAAAGGCCGCCAUCGCCGUCGAGCGAAGCUUUGAAGCUGCCGUGCUGCUGAUCAAGCGCCGGAUCGUUGUCGGGGCCGUCGAGUGGAUGCGGCCAUUCAGUUUUGAGCAGCAUUGCGACCUCGUCCAUACCCUCUUUGGCCAGCAACCGCACACACCUGCUGCACCGAUACCCACGGCACCGACAUCGAUACCCCCGACGCAGCUGGAAGAAAGGCCGCCGCAUGACGAUGAUCCCGACCUUGCUGAUCUCAGGACAACGGGCAGUUUCCUGCGACCGUUUCGGUUUGAACUGACCCAUUUCAAGACCGAGCCAAUCGCACAGCUUCUGAUCGGACUCUUGAAGGAUCUUCGCAUGCAAAUCGGAUGCGACGGUGACAAGCAGAUCGAAGCCAUCCGAUGCUAUCCGCCAUUUGUACAAUUCGCCAACGCUCUCACCUGGGAUAAGGCCGAGGCACAGGUGACGGACUAUCUUGGACGGGUGAUGUAGAAGGCAGCUCCUCAUCCCCUCUCGCCUCGGCAAGGCGAGCAGUCGAUGCCUGGGGGCAGGCCACAAGAGCGCGCCCCAAGAUCUCGCAUCGAUGGUCUCUGACUCAGCAUCGGUAACAGCAGGCGUCGCUGGUUCUGGAUCAAGCUUGGAGGCAGUUGUUGCACUGGCCCCGGUCACUGAGGCGAGAUCGGUUGAGAGACGAGUGAUGUGGGCAUGUCGAGGGAACGCCUCCAAUACAAGUAUCCCCGCUUGGUUUGCAAAGACUACAAAUAUAUUCCAGUGUAAACAGGCAGGCAGUAGAGAGAAUGUGUAAGGGAGAACGAAGGAACGAGAAAUCGAUGGACGCAGGGGAU